UCUUCCCGUUGGACAAAGCGCGAGCACUAAAGAAAGUGAAAAGGGUAAAAGAAAAGCCGCAAUACCCGUUUGUCGAAAGCAGAGCCAGAGCAACCCAGCAACAAACAAUAGAAAAGAAAGACGAAGUACAGAAGCACAAGAGAGAGAAAGUAGGGGAGAGAGAAUCAAUGGCUGUCUCAGUCUCCAUUGUGGCCAUCAUCACUUCUCUUCACCUCAUCGCCUUCGUCCUCGCCGUCGGCGCUGAACGCCGCCGUAGCACGGCGAAAGUGGUGCCGGAUGAGUACGACGAGAACACAUACUGCGUGUACGACUCUGAUGCGUCGACGGCGUACGGGCUGUCGGCGUUUGGUCUGCUACUGAUUAGCCAAACGGUGGUUAACGGCGUCACCAAAUGCUUCUGCUUCGGCAAAGGGCUCAUGGGGAGAGGGAGCUCCACUACUUGGGCAGUCUUCUUCUUCAUCUUCUCGUGGGUUAGCUUUCUGGGGGCAGAGGCAUGCUUACUGGCAGGAUCAACAAGAAAUGCAUACCACACCAAAUACCGAGCAGCCUUUCGCGUACAAGACUUAUCGUGCGCCACUCUCCGUAAAGGAGUGUUUGCUGCUGGUGCUGCUCUUACAUUUUUGUCAAUGGUGGGCUCGAUCCUUUAUUAUUGGGCCCAUUCCAAGGCUGAUACCGGUGGAUGGGAAAAGCACCGCAAUGACGGAGGACUUGGUAUGACCUCCCCUAGUUACCCUGAGAACCAUCAACAACAGAGGACCAAUGAAUUUGAGAAAGCUUAGUUGUGGUUUGAUCAGGUUAGUAGCUGCAGUUUUGGUGACUUGUUGAGAAAUAUGAGAGUAAGACUGAUGAACAAGAACAUCAGACUACUGAGUUUUCAACUUGUAUACAUUAUGCCAUAUAGUAUGUGGAAAGCAAUUUACAGUAUUGUGUUUGUCUGUAUUUAUUAUUGUGCAUUGGUUUCAGUUUGCUUGGAUUUCAUAAACCCUUUAUUUACUUGUCAUGAGUUCAAAUGAUGUCAUCUGGGCUUUUUGUUCCUAGUUAUAUACCAUGACACCAUUGUUGACUUGUAA